UUGUUUUUGUUUUGUUUUUACAGUUCGUUGCUCAUCCUAACUGUCAGCAGCAAUUGCUUACCAUGUGGUAUGAAAAUCUCUCAGGCUUACGUCAACAGUCUAUCGCUGUGAAAUUCCUGGCUGUCUUUGGAGUCUCCAUAGGCCUCCCUUUUCUCGCCAUAGCCUAUUGGAUUGCUCCGUGCAGCAAGCUAGGACGAACCCUAAGGAGCCCUUUCAUGAAGUUUGUAGCCCAUGCAGUUUCGUUUACAAUCUUUUUGGGAUUAUUAGUUGUGAAUGCAUCGGACCGAUUUGAAGGCGUUAAAACUCUACCAAAUGAAACCUUUACGGACUACCCAAAACAGAUCUUCAGGGUGAAAACCACACAGUUCUCCUGGACGGAAAUGCUCAUCAUGAAGUGGGUGUUAGGAAUGAUCUGGUCCGAGUGCAAGGAGAUCUGGGAGGAGGGCCCGCGGGAGUACGUGCUGCACCUGUGGAACCUGCUGGACUUCGGGAUGCUGUCCAUCUUCGUGGCCUCCUUCACCGCGCGCUUCAUGGCCUUCCUCAAGGCCAGCGAGGCCCAGCUGUACGUGGACCAGCACGUGCCGGACGACACGCUGCACAACGUCUCGCUUCCGCCGGAAGUGGCCUACUUCACCUACGCCAGGGACAAGUGGUGGCCUUCUGACCCUCAGAUCAUAUCGGAAGGGCUGUACGCCAUAGCCGUCGUGCUGAGCUUCUCCCGCAUCGCCUACAUCCUGCCAGCCAACGAGAGCUUUGGGCCCCUGCAGAUCUCCCUGGGGAGAACGGUGAAGGAUAUCUUCAAGUUCAUGGUCAUUUUCAUCAUGGUGUUUGUGGCCUUCAUGAUUGGGAUGUUCAACCUGUACUCCUACUACCGAGGUGCAAAGUACAACCCAGCGUUCACAACGGUUGAAGAAAGUUUUAAAACCUUAUUUUGGUCCAUAUUCGGCUUGUCGGAAGUGAUCUCGGUGGUGCUGAAAUACGACCACAAGUUCAUCGAGAACAUCGGCUACGUUCUCUACGGCGUUUAUAACGUCACCAUGGUGGUGGUGCUCCUCAACAUGCUGAUCGCCAUGAUCAACAACUCCUAUCAGGAGAUCGAGGAGGAUGCAGAUGUGGAGUGGAAAUUUGCCCGCGCGAAACUCUGGCUGUCUUACUUUGAUGAAGGAAGAACUCUACCUGCUCCCUUUAAUCUAGUGCCAAGUCCUAAAUCGUUUUAUUAUCUCAUAAUGAGAAUCAAGAUGUGCCUCAUAAAACUCUGCAAAUCUAAGGCCAAAAGCUGUGAAAAUGACCUUGAAAUGGGCAUGCUGAAUUCUAAAUUCAGGAAGACUCGAUACCAAGCCGGCAUGAGGAAUUCUGAGAACCUGACAGCAAAUAACACUUUCAGCAAGCCCACCAGAUACCAGAAAAUCAUGAAACGCCUCAUCAAAAGGUACGUCCUGAAGGCCCAAGUGGACAGAGAAAAUGACGAGGUCAACGAAGGCGAGCUCAAGGAGAUCAAGCAAGACAUCUCCAGCCUGCGCUACGAGCUGCUGGAGGAGAAGUCGCAGGCCACCGGCGAGCUGGCGGAUCUCAUCCAGCAGCUCAGCGACAAGUUCGGCAAGAACCUGAACAAAGACCACCUCCGCGUCAACAAGGGCAAGGACAUCUAGCAGCCCGCCGGCCCUGCGACUUCCACCAGCAUUCCAGGCCAGGCUGCCCCCAGGACACAGGGGGACCCGCUGGCGACUCCUCGGGCCCAGCGGCCUACCUGGGCCCAGCAGUGGUGUCGGUCGAGGCCGUGGGGUAAGCCGAGCUGCCACACGAGGAGGGGACAUGCCCGACACCAGUGAGACCUCCAGUCCCGACACAGUGGGCUGCGUCCCUGUGUCCACAGCAGGCAAAGGCCAUCCUGGAUGCACACAUGUGCCCUCCCACCGCCCUGGGCCACAGCUCUGCGUGUCGGGGACGACCAAGACCUCAUCCCAUACCCCUCCCCCACCCCACCCCCAAACCGCAGAACCGGGAGGUGACCUGUGACCUACUCUUAAGUGCCAGACGAGAACACAGAUAGCCUAAUAGCAACAUAGUUCUAUUUGUUUAUAAAAAAAAGUUUAAAAAUCCUAAAUCAAAAAUUGUACUGUAGGUAGUGCU